UUUGAUUGUUGAGUCUAGAAGAUGUAGGCUGAACACGUUCUAACAGGAUUAGGUUUUAGUCCCACGGUGGGCCUACUACUGAGCUGGAAAUAAACGUAUUCCAGUUAUGUAGUCUUGUAAUGCCUUGCGAUUGCAAAUCUCCUCCGACUGGAACUACAGUUGCCACUGCAACUCGGAGAGUUCACAACCAAAUGCAAGAGUAGUUUCGGUUCUUUCAGGAGACUGCUUCCUUGUUUUGUUUGCCCAGUCUGUCGUGUAUUGGGAUGUGGUGUGUUAAAUGGCUGCAGCUGGAAUUCUGUGUUACAUUGGCGCAUAUGUGUUCAUCACCUAUGAUGACUACGAUCACUUCUUUCAAGAUGUAUACACCUUAAUCCCAGCUGUAACAAUAAUAGUAGUGGGGACUUUACUGUUCAUAAUUGGCUUUAUUGGUUGCUGCGCCACAAUACGAGAAAGUUCCUGUGGACUAGCAACUUUUGCCGCUAUACUCCUGUUGGUGUUUGUCACAGAAGUCGUUGUGGUGGUACUUGGGUACAUAUACAGGGCAAAGGUGGAGGAUGAAGUCAAUCAUUCCAUUAAGAAGGUGUACGAUGAGUACAAUGGCACUAACACUGAUGCUCCUAGUCGUGCCAUUGACUAUGUUCAGAGACAGCUUCAUUGCUGUGGAAUUCACAACUAUGCUGAUUGGAGGAACACCACCUGGUUCAAGGAGUCCAAAAACAACAGUGUUCCCGUCAGCUGCUGUAAACCCAACAUCAGUAACUGUACUGGGACUCUGACACAUCCAGGAGACCUCUACCAAGAGGGUUGUGAGGCUCUUGUUGUGAAGAAAUUGAAGGAAAUAAUGAUGUAUGUCAUUUGGGCUGCCCUGACUUUUGCAGCAAUACAGAUGAUGGGGAUGCUGUGUGCCUGUGUGGUGCUGUGCAGGAGGAGUCAUGACCCAGCUUAUGAGCUGCUCGUCACAACUAACACCUAUGCUUGAAGAGGACCCUUAUUCUGCAAUGUAUCCAUAAUAAUAAGAAAGCCCCACCGGACACAUCCAUAUUAGUUUUUCAACUGUUGUCAGCUCAAGAACACCUUGCACAAUUCAUGAUCAUAGAGUACACUGGUGAUGGGUAAAGGUCAAAGGUCACUAAGAUAGCUAUUUAUUUAUUGAUGAGCAUAUUAUUACUGUUCUUACUUUUCUAUUUUAAAUGUGAUUACUGUGACAUACUGUAAGGCUGAAAGUGUAGGCCUGCAUGGCAAGUUGAUAUUCAUGAGUUGUCUCAUUUGGCUCUUGAUUUCAACCGGCCAAGUCUGUGUUUUUUUCUGUUCCCACAUGGGGUACAUAAGGGAUCUGUCAAUGAAACUACAGUUUAGCACAGUGUAACGAAUGUAUCCUAUCCUCUUGUGUCAGUUUGCACUAUAGAGAGCUCUGGAGCUGUUGGAGGUGUUAAUGACUUGUCUAAACCAUUAUAUGGAAGCCAACCCAAAUACUACUGAAGUUUAAGUCAAUCCCAUCACCAGCUCGAAUCCUGUAGAAGUACUAUCAGUAUUACCUAAGAAAAUCCAUGUACUGUAGGUAUUGUUUCGUGUAGCUAUGUUUUAAUCACACAAAUUCCAGUUGGGAAGUGGUUCAACCACUUUGAUGAUAAAAAACAAACUAAAAACAUUUCUACUACGUGGCAUUGUGUACUGUGUUGUUGAAACAUACCCUAGAAUAUUCAGUAGAUUUUUGAUGUUCAGUUGUUAUUUAGGAUUAUAGUGCAAUAGAACAAAUGUGAAAAAUGUAACCAUGUAAAUAGAUUGGGAGACAUAAGUAAGACUGAAAUAAACGUAUACAUUUAAACAAUAUAUAUCUUUUAAAUACUCAUUCUACAGUGUGGUUCAGUGGAGUUGAUCUUAUUAUUUUCCCAACAUGGUAAUAUUAUAUUAUGUGUCCAUAUCCAAAACAUUGGUCAAUAUUAACAUCUUUAAUAUUUUAAAUGGUUAUUUAAAUACUAUUUAGUUUACAGUUGCCAUUACAUUUUUUAGUUGCAGUUUGUAAUUUGUCACAGCAAAUUAUUUUAAUGUUAACGUGAUAUGUCAGAUUUAGCUUGUAUUGGAUAAAUCAUGGUGACAUACAUGACACACGGGGGCAAUGUGACAGCAAAGUUAUUCAUGACGUCCAUGAUGACUCAUUUUUCCUGUCCGUUCGGUGAGUCAUCUUCACUGCUGUCAUCUAUCACUGGGAGCCCCUGAAUGAAGCACUAAUUUAAUCUUUGUCCCAAUUGAAGAAGGUGUUAAAUGUAUAUGUUGAAAUGGAAUAAAACAGUUAAUUUUCCUGUUAAUCAGAUCAUUGGUUUGAGAAGGGAUAAUACAUAAAGGAGAGGGAUCUCUUACGCAAGUCAAUAUCCUUACGGCCUGAUCUGAAA